AUGGCAGGACCAUCAAAAGGUAUACGCUUGAGUUUUCUCGCUCAAGCUGACCAAAACAAGUACGAAAUGGUGUUUUCUCAAGUUGCGGGCGGUAACAGCGUUUUAUCUGCUUCUGCCGCCAAGGAAGUUCUAUCUCGGUCGAAUAUAGGUGAUGAUAACCUUGCUCACAUUUGGGAUCUCUCCAACGUUACCAAUCAACCUCAACUCUCCUUUCCUGAAUUCGCAACAGCCAUGUAUCUUACAUCCAUGAAGAUGACAGGCAGCGAGAUCCCAGCUUCACUGCCUGAGGACAUUCGCAAUGAAAUUCGCAAUGCAGUAGCAGCCGUCCAAAAUGGACCACAGCAAUCACUUGUAUCACAGCAACCUACGAGCUAUAUGCCAUCGCAACCCACUGGAUACAUGCAGCAGCUCAUGAUGACGGGGGUAACACCAAUGAAUGGAGGGCCUCAAGUGCCCAUGCCCACAGGUAUGGCUGGCAAUAAUCUGGAUUUUACAAAUCGAAUGAUGCCACAUACAACAAACUAUACGCCUCCCAAUGGAUUUGAGAGCUUAUCAAAGAAUGUCAAGAUUCCCUGGGCUGUCACUGUGGAAGAAAAGAAGCAGUAUUCAAAGAUCUUCAAGGCCUGGGAUACUGAGAAGAAGGGCACAUUGUCUGGCGAGAAAGCAAAGGAGAUCUUUUCACAGUCUGGAUUACCGCAAAACGUGCUCAUGCAAAUUUGGAACUUGUCGGAUCCCAACAACCAAGGCAAAUUGAAUGUAGACGAGUUCUCGGUAGCAAUGCAUUUGAUCUAUAGAAAAUUGAACGGCUACAAUGUGCCAGAGACACUACCAGCAGAAUUAGUGCCACCAUCUCAUCGUGAUUUAACAGACAGUGUCAGUCAACUGAAAAAGUCGAUUUUGGAUGAUAUUGCCAAGAAGCGAUACUUGAACAAUUUCCGCUCUACACCCUCUGAAUCGCCUGUUGCUGCGAGUAGAUCUUUGAGUAGCCCAGCUUCUCGCAUUGUCAAGAAGAAGGAUGAAGAAGAUGAGGAUACGGAAGUGGGCUAUGUCUCUAGUGCUCGUCGUAUGGGCCCUGACAGAACUCGAAACAGAGAUCUUAGCACUGGCAGCAGUGGAAGCUCAUCUCCUUCCAAUUCCAGCUACGGUUAUCGUGGAAAGCAGACUCGUGUUUUUGAUCUUAGAAAGGAAAUUGAAGAAAAGAAGAAGCUAAUUCAACAAUUGGAGCAUGACGCCACGCAUCGUGUCGCCACGCCAUACAAGGAACUAUCAGCUCUUGAAAAGAAGGACAUUGAUGGCCUCAAGGAAAGAGUAAAGGAGCUACAACAUGAGAUUUCCAAGACUGGCAGUGAACAAGGACAAGAUGCCUGGAGUACCUAUAUUGCUAAAACCGCAGAGUUAUCGAGUUUGGCAGAUCAAGAAAAAUCAUUGGAAGCAGAAAUUCAGUACAUGUUGGAUGUGACAUUGAAGGGACUAUUGGCACAAGUGGAUGAAACUGAAAACGAUCUAAGGGAUAAGAAGAUUCAAGCUGUCAAUGCAAAAGCUGCUGCCGCCGCAUCAACAUCUGCAUCUUCAGAUCUGCCACUCAACAUUGUGGGCACUGGACCCAAUGGUGAAAUCACGGAAAGCGAUCGUAUCAAAGCAAAAGCAAAAGCAUUGGUGGCUGCUCGUAUGGGUAAAAUCACAGGCAAGCCAUCCGCUCCUUCAUCACCGUUGGCAGUCAACACCAAAGUAGAGAUUGAUAAAAUCAAUGAGGAGAGAGAAGAAUUCAAAUUAUAUACCGAUUCUAUUGCUGAUAGCUUGAAGGAAAUUGAACAAGCUCUCAAUACCAUUCAUAUGGAAACUAGUAUGAUUGGCUUAGACAUUAGAAAGCAGGAUCAAGAUCAAAAGAAGAUUGAAGAAAGAGCUCGAUUUGAACAUGGUGAAAACGUUGCCAAGGAUCUGAAGGAAUUCAUCUCUCAAUUGACUUAUGAUGCUGCACUUGCCAAAGCACCCGAUGUUGAUCCUGAUUUUGAAUCUAGAUUCCCGUCAUUUUAA